AAAAAAAAACCAAUAGACUUAUUUACACAUGCGACAAAAGGUAUUCAAGACUUAAAUUUGGUAAACCUGACAGAUCAGCUGUUUCGAUUACUUCUCAGUGACAGAUGGUGUAUGGAAUGAGUGCGAUUGUAUAUAUUUAACUGUGAUGAGUUGUGCUCUAUUGUAGAACACAUAAUAAGGAGAUUAAAAAAUUCUUCAAAAUGGCUAUGCGAAACUUGACAGAACCUUUUAUUUUAAUGCGAAACAAUGCUUUGCAAAGCAAGCAUAUAUAUGCCGAACAAAACCUGUCCGAUCGAAUGGCACUAGUAGGUCCGGAUUCUGGCACUUCUGAUAAUGUUGAACUAAAAAAUAUCAAUUUGGAAAGUAAUGCACCACCUGUUUGGACAGAUGCUUUGGAAGAGACACAGUAUAUUUUAAGUAGAUUACGUGUUAAAAUAGAUACCUUGGUAGAAUUACAAUCCAAACAAUUAACUAGACCGACCCUAGAUGAUACCUCACAGGAGGAAAGACAAACGGAACAAUUGACACGAGAAAUAGGACGUGCAUUUUCUAAUGGUUAUCAUCAAGUCCAAACUAUAAAAAGUGAAGCAAAGCAUGCUGCUAAUCCCACAGAACGUCGGUUAGCCAUAAGUGCAGUAACAGCUCUUUCAAUAGCUUUACAAGAGUUGGGUCUUAGAUACAGAUCAGCUCAGAAUUAUUACUUAACACAGGUGAAAUCAAGAGAAGAGAGGAGUAAUCAAUUUUUUACCGAAGAUCAGUCGAUAUUUUUAAACAACACUGCAGGAGACACAUGGUUAAUGGAAUCUAACGAAACAAGUGCAGAUUUGUGGCAUGAAAACGAACAGAAGCAAAGUUCUGUACUUUUACAGUUAGAAGAACCAGAAGAUAGAAUGAAAUUAGCUUUGGAAAGAGAAGAAAAAAUUGGCAACAUAGUUCAAAGUAUAGCAGACCUCAGAUAUAUAUUCAAAGAUUUAGCGAGUAUGGUGCAGGAUCAAGGCACUAUUUUGGAUAGAAUUGAUUAUAAUAUCGAACAGACCCAAAUCCAAGUACAAGAAGGUUAUAAACAAUUAAAAAAGGCAGAUUCUUACCAAAGAGCUAAUAAGAAAUUAUAUUGUAUAGUCGUGCUUGCGGGAGCUAUUAUUGUAAUUAGUUUCUUUUUCGUCGUAUUUAAAACAUGAAGCACAACUUGCAUACGAAUUUCGUGAAUACACCUUAAUGUACAAUUAAUUGUGAUUUAUUAACUUUUCUUGAAAGGAAAAAAGGAAGUAUUUAUUGUAUAUAUGUUUUAAUGCAAGAAAUAAUAUUUUUUAGCAUAAUUUGUAAAAGCGAAUGAAAUAUUUAAUUGGAACGGAUAAGAUCGAUCGAUACGUAUAGUGGAUAAAGAGUGUUACUUUUCAUAUAAAGUUUUAAAACAUUGACUUGAUAAUUUUAGAUUGUAAACAAUUCAAAGUUUCUUCUUGUUUCUAUACUGAAAUCAUUCCAGUACUAAUCGCGGUGCUGUUUUGUUUGAGUGUUGUUAUGUACGUGCCCACAACCAGUUACAUAUGUGUUUAGGUGUAUUUUACAUGUAAAUUAAUUAACUAUAACAUAUAUUUACGCCAAAAAGUUAUCUUUUUCAAUGAAUUUGGAUUUGAAGGUGAAAGAAAAUGGAAUGUGUUCAAAUAAAACAUAUUACGCGACUAUAUCGCUAUCGAUUUAUAAAUUACCUUUCAGACGUUUCUUUGUUAUUGAAAUAUUCGUAAAUUAAACUGUAAUAAAUAAGAGGGUAGAUGAAGUAAAAUUUAAUAUUUUUACACAUCUUUUUACCAAUACUUUUUUUUUAAUAACCGGGCAUGGUUUUAUCAAAUGCAUGUUAUAAACGUUAUAAUUUUACAUAGCAUCAACAUAAAUAUUUCAGAGAAAUGUGUUAAAAAUUUCUUGACAAAUAUCAAGAUAAAUAAUAUUUUAGUUUACAGUGUUAUCAUUUCAUAUUCUAUGCUUAAAAGUACAAGAUAACUUUUCCUCGAGCAUUGCACCUUUUAUCACAGAUUGGAGCGAUAUAUCUAUUCUAUACCUAUAUAAUUCAAUCACAAUUGCCUAACGUGUAUAUAUGUAGAUUGAUCUUAAAAAAACGGUACCGGGAUUACUUUAAAUAACUUCCUCGUCUGCCUACCUGUAUGUAUACAUAAAUACAUACAUUUUGUUAAUAUUUAUCGAGUGUCAUAAAAAUCCUACGUUACAAAUUGUACAAAUUGUUUGUUAAUAAAAGGGCUGUAGAAAA